CAUGAAGCGGCUCCCGUUCGCGCGAUUCAUGCGGAUAUUCGAUAAGCACCUGGGGGCAGGUGUUUAUUGUUUUAUUGUGGGAAAUUCGAGGGCUGGUGCGUAUGUUGCCCCUAUCAACAGCGUCGGACAAUCAAAAGGAAGUUAAAAUCGCUUCCUUGCGAGACGAUGCAUGUCUGAUAAUCCAUUUGAACCCAAAAAUAGAAGCCUUGACACUACUCUGCACGGCAUUUUUGGUCUUUACUAACCUCCAGCAGAAUAAUGUCUAUGAUUAGUGUUCUUUGUUAAGAUUGCUUGUUUCAAAUCUGGAGACAUUCGCAACACGUGAUAUAGAUUGCAAACGCACGCAUGCAAUCAAAACAGUACUCGCGCGAUAAGAAGAAAUCCUUCCCCAUGCCAUUGGGGGUCAGUUCAAUGUUAAAACGUAACAAACGUUCAUCUGUACCGUUUGACGUACAAGCCGAAAUCGUAUCGAAAGUGACGUACUUUUAGAUUAUCGAUUAAGGCUACGCUAGUGACUGCCAAACUGCGAGAUAAGUUUUAGGAAAUCGGUAUAAAAGGUACGAUCGAUUAGCUGAUUUAGUUUGAUCUGAGUAUCGGUCAGGUGCAAAGGGCUAUGGCAAAGGGAGCUAUUAUUAUUUGCGUUCUGCUGGCUGUGCAGCUCUUCGGAGCGUUCGCCUCAACUGCCGACAGCUGGAAGCUGGUUCCUGACGAGUCGGGUCGCUUGCGACUGAUCAAUACCAAUCCGUACGACAUUCCGGAGAAUGAUAACGUGGUUGAGCCCCUCUUCAACCCGGAGACGGACGUAAUUUUCCGUCUAUUCACUCGUCGCAAUCCUGCCCAUGGUCAGGUGCUGGAAUGGAACAACCCGGCUUCGGUACAAAACUCCAACUUUAUCGCCUCGCACCCAACUCGGUUCACCAUCCACGGAUGGAACGGUGGCGAAACGUCCGGUUUGCAUGCAAACAUUCGCCAGAACUAUCUCGGUGUGGGAGAAUUCAACGUGAUUGCCGUCGAUUGGGGAGUCGGUGCCCAGACGGUUAACUAUAUUGCCGCUCGUAAUCGGGUUGCAUCCGUUGGAGACAUUGUUUCGCGCAUGGUCAAUACACUGGUGUCGGCCUCGGGUACGUCCCGCAACAACAUCUACCUGAUUGGCCACAGCCUGGGUGCUCAUGCUGCUGGUAAUGCUGGUAAAAUGCAGAACGGUCAGUUGAACACGAUCAUUGGUUUGGAUCCGGCAGGCCCACUUUUCUCCCUGUCCGAUUCGGAUGUUAUGGCGCCGCGAGAUGCUCAGUAUACGGAAUCCAUCUUUACUAAUGCUGGUCUGCUUGGUUUUGAUCUGCCACUGUCGGAUGCUAACUUCUACCCGAACGGAGGUCGUUCCCAGCCCGGUUGUGGAAUUGACGUGUCUGGCAACUGUGCCCAUUCGAGAGCUCACGAACUGUACGCAGAAUCCGUCUCAACUACCAUUGGAUUCCGUUCGACGCGUUGCGCUAGCCACGGUGAGAUUGUGGCCGGACAGUGUACCAAUACCGGUACCGCGAACAUGGGCGGUGAACCAUCGAACCAGGGCCGCGGUGUCAACGGUAUGUUCACCGUGUCCACCAAUGGUGCCACUCCAUUUGCACAAGCGACGCAGCUUCUGCUUGUCGCUUCCCUACCAGUGGAUCAGUCAAAUUGGCAUUUGGUGCCGGACAGCGAUGGAAGGCUACACCUUGUCAAUAUCAAUCCUUACAAUCUUCCCGACGAUUCAUCCUCGAUCGUUCCAAACUUCAAUCCGGAACAGGAUUUAAUUUUCCGGCUGUUUACCCGUUCCAACCCGACGACAGCGCAAGUGUUGGAGUUUGGCAAUCCCGGUUCUAUUGCAGCUUCCAACUUCAACCCGGCACACCCAACGCGUUUUACCAUCCACGGUUGGAACAGUAACGGAAACGAUGGCAUGAACACGAACAUCCGGGACCGGUAUCUAAGCAUCGGAGACUACAACAUGAUCAGCGUCGAUUGGAGUGCCGGAGCUGUCAAUCCGAACUAUAUCGCAGCGCGUAACGCUGUCGGACCGGCCGGUUCAGCUGUGGCUUCCUUUAUCGAUCAGCUUGCUGCUGCCGGUGCUUCUGUGGACAAUAUGUACGUGAUCGGGUUCAGUCUGGGUGCGCACGUGGCUGGCAAUGCAGGUAAGGGACAGAACGGACGUGUGAACACUGUGAUCGCACUCGACCCGGCUGGACCGCUGUUUUCUCUUGGUCAACCGGAUGCCGUUUCACCAGCCGAUGGCCGGUAUGUCGAGAUGAUCAUGACCAAUGGAGGAUUGUUGGGUAGCAGUACACCGAUGGGACAGGCGACUUUCACACCGAACGGUGGACGGACGCAACCGGGUUGUGGAACAGAUGUCGCCGGUGGCUGUGCUCAUGGCCGUGCGCCAGCAUUCUAUGCCGAGUCCAUCACUAGCACGGUAACGUUCCGCGCUACACGUUGCACUGGUAUACAGGAAGUUGUCGAAGGAAAUUGCACUCCAAGCGGACCAGAUGCUGUCAUGGGUGGCGAACCAUCGAACUAUGGACGUGGAGUUACUGGAGUGUACUUCCUUACCACGAACGACGCUGCACCAUUUGCCAGAGGCUAGACAGAAAAUCCGAUACGAUUGGAAUCCAAAUAAAUUCAGGAAUGUUACGGAUAAAAUACAAUAAGAGUACUUCUCUCUGUUCUAAUAAGGGAUAUUGUAGUGUCUGUCACGAUUUCCAAAAGUUCCAAACGAUCUAAUGAGACGGGUAUUUAAUUUCUUGAUGAUCACUUAAGAUCUACAUGCUAACCAGUGUUGUUGUUUAUUAAUCGUUCUGCGAAGACAGCUAAACGAUACGUUACAAUAAUGCAGUACGAAACUGCUUUAGGUUAAAUUUACUUGGACGCGUAAUUAAUUUUUAAUGCUAGAAACAAAAUGAUCAGAACGAACAUUAAUGCGACGAAUCGAGAUGCCUCUGUUUAGGUUAAUCUCUUCCCUGAAGAGAACCCAAAGAGAGUCCAAAGCGAUACAACAAUACAAAUAA